AUCAUGUAAUCCUUUAAAGUGUUUAUAAACUGUUAAAACAAAUACCGUUGUCCUUUCUUGUAAACAAAUUCGUCAGUUAGUCUCGCGCAGUGCUGGGCAGUGCAAUAAGUAACAGGUUCUCGUAAUAUUUAUAAAGAGGAUGGCGUCAAAUCAUAUCGACCUUCAAACAAACAACAAUGACGAGAAACCUAGAAAAAGGAUUAGUACGAGAGUGGCGAUGGAAGUGACCGAGUGCGAUGGAUUCGAACGUACGAAAGAGCACCUUAUCGCUCUCCUUACCCUGAGGGCCAAGAACAGUGUGCUCAGGGUGGCAAAGGCCUCGGUGUACAAGCUAGAGACCACGCUGAUGGAACUCACCACUGCCCAGGCCUUAAUCCUCGCGAUGUUCGAUGCCCUCCUCGCCGAAGACGUCCACACCUGCUCGCUUCUGCUCGCAUUGGCCGCCACUGUGGAACAGCUUAGGUCGGCAUAUCUGGAAGUGUGGCUGAGGGAGGACUUUCACUUCGAGAAAGAGGAUGUGAGGAAGGUACUCGUAGCUUUGGACACGAUGGAACUCAAUAUCCCGGCUACAGUUGCUCGCAUAUUCACAGGUCUAACUGAAAAAUACGGAUCCUUUAAAACGCCUACAGUAAAUUGGCCGUGGAAAUGUGACGUAAAGGCAGAUGGAAAACUUGAAAUAGAGUCCUUCUUUGAGUCAGUUCCAGAACUGGAAGUUCCCACCUACGAAUUACCAGUGGCAAAACGUUGCUUGGGACUUCCUCCAUCUUCUAAUUUUCUGGAAGUAAGAAUACAGGCGUGUAAGACAGACGUCGAUGGUUACACUUUGCUGCAUCGGUUCGCGGAGGCGGGACAUACCCAAGGAGUAGAGGAAUUGCUGUCCAUUGGCGUGCCUUGCGACCUGCGGGGCCCAGGAGGUGCCCUGCCGAUUCACUACGCCGCGGAGUACGGACAGAUUCAGGUAUUGCCGCUGCUUCUGAGCGCCGGCGGUAACAUAACUGCUCCCAGGGAGGACGGCAACACCGCUGCACACCUGGCAGCGUCUAUGGGUAACGUCGAAACUCUAAGGUGGCUGGCAGACAAUGGAGCGAACAUAACUGCCAAGAACUGUAAAGGACAGACACCACUGCACGUGGCAGCCGCUGCCGGGCACCCUGCGGCGCUGAACAGCCUGAUGGAGCUGAUGGCCGAACAGCGGAGGCGGGAGGGCACCAGGCUGGGGGCGAUCCCUCGCGGCCUCGGGGCAGUGGACCCGGAGGACUCCGAGGGCUGCACACCUCUGCACCUCGCGGCCCGGGCCAACAACGUGGAUGCGGUCCAGACCCUCCUUGACAAGGGCGCCGACUACAACUUCAUCAACAACGAAGGGCUGAGCCCGCUCAACGAGGCCAUGCUCUGGGGAGCCAACGACGCUGAGCAGCUGCUUCUUGAAAUUAGAGCUUUUGACAGGAAGAAUCGUAAGUGAUGAUAACGAAGUGCCAUCUUGGCAUUGACAAACUUUGACCAUGAUUGUUGUUAUAUUGCAACAGUACAGACUGCCAUAUCUCGUUCGAUAUUAUAAUGCUGUGCCGUUAACAUUUUUUGUAUUGUUUAUAUUUUUUUAAUGACAAGACAAUUAAAAUAAAAGUUGAAAUUUU